AUGGCUGGUAUGCCUUCUUCACACUCAACAGCGCAGCUGCUGUCGGCCAUCUCAUCGCUCGCUGAAGUUCAUAUGUCUGCAAGAAGAUUGAACGAAGAUAUACGGGGUCUACUGGAACAGAUAGAGACGGUGGAGAAAUUACCGCAGUCGAUUAAUCUCUGUCAAAUUGACGGAUGGAGGUCCAGGCUGCUUUCCAAGAUACGAAUGGAGAUUUCCAAGCUCGAAGAAGCCUAUCGUCAUGUCGUCGGCUCGCAGUGGUCCGAAUUGCUCAGGACGAUCAGAAGAGAUGUCCCUUCAGUGUCGUCUAUAAGUUUCACAUUUCCGAGUGACAUGCAGCUUGUAAACGAUUUCUACACUGAGGCUCAGCAGGUUGCACUGAACAACGACCUCUUUGCCACCGAUUUCAGGUUUCAUAUCCCAGUUACACCACUUAACGUUGAGAAGGCUAUUUCUAGGUCUCCACUUCCUGUGCAUCUUUUAAAUUCGGCAGCAGGUGGUUUGCCAUAUCCUGUGUGUGGAUUCUGCAUUCGAAUUGGAAUGCUCUUCUUCAGGAUGUGUGGUGAUUGCUGUUGGCAGAAGCAGACGUUAAACAACGUGGACCAGGCAGCGUCACGAUGCGAAGCGGUGCUGAAAUCCUCGAAAUGUAAAGCUGAUCGUGUCGUGUCGGCAUUUCCAUACGAUUCCAAGUUCGUAAAAAUACUGCUUAAAGAUGUGCACAUAAUGGCUAUUGGAGACUCAAUCAUGCGUGGAAUUUAUAAGGAUUUAAUAGCGAUGUUGCACGGUGAUGAGCUAGUAAAAGAUAUUAAUCUGAAGUCUAAGACGGAAAGCUCAGUCAUGAAAGUUGAUAUAGAGAGGGCAUUCCUAGAGAUGAGCUCUACUGGAGAAUUUCCAGACGUCUUGUUAAUCAACUCGUGUCUGUGGGAUAUUACAAGGGCUUCUAUGAUGAUUCGUCGUCUUCGUCUCAUGAUGCCAGCAACAACACAGGUUAUUUGGUUGAAUAUGCCAUGGCCAAUACCGGUAGAUACUCCCUCUCUGGUGAAUAGAGUAGAUAAUUUCAACACAAGGCACUUGAGCAGAAUGCUUGUCGUGGACGCCAAUUUUCGUGCUUCACAGCUAUUCCGUGCUGCCGGUUAUGACGUUCUUGACCUUGCAUUUUAUAUGCGAAAUCAAGCACUUUAUUCUUAUCGUUCGUUAGUUUUUCGUUCCAGAACAGUAGCUAGUGCUGAGGAAGCUUGUAGUUCUGAUAUGUGGAGAAACUGGGCAGCUCGUUCGCUAGUGGAAUCCGAUAUUUCCACUUUAGCAGAUAGCAGAUCUGCACAUGGUUCUUUUCCAGAAAUUAUCCAGAGGAAGAUCAGGGAAGGCGUUUUGCAUGAAAUGAAAGACAAAAAUCUUAACCUUGACGCAAGCACACCUAUGUCACAAGCUCUUCGCUCUUGUUUGACCAAUGUUGAUAGCUUGUUGGAUAUUCUACUGGCUGACACCUAUUAUGCUGUUCAUCUUUUGGAAAGCACCAAACGAGCGAAGGCUUUCCCAAAGGUUGCAGAAUACACCAAAAGUGGGUUGAAUCAAGAAGUGACUUUGCUAGCAGAUGAAGAUCCUAUAGCUGUAACGAAGGGUCGUAAACGUCCUCGUGGAACUGUUGGAUGA